CGUCCCUUACUGCCGCGAGCCCGCGACGACCAGCCCUUCCUCUGCCUCCCGACUGCUGCUGCCUGUUCAUCGCGCCGGCGGCACACACUUGUUCUCUGAUGCGCCAUAUUCGUAGAUUCCGGUCACCGAAGAUCCCGAGGAGGCACUGGAGAUCCUAAUCCUAUGGAGAGCAAGAGGCGCCAAGCUCGGCAUGCUCGCGGCAGGCCAGACGACCCCGAGCUAGAAGCGGACGGAUGUCUCCACCAGAUCCGCGGCCGCGGCCAGCGCACGUGCUUUACAGGGCUGCACGGCGCCGUCCUUCUCCUCCCGUGGGACGGGGCGAGGAUUCCCUGCUUCGGGUCUCUCCAACGCUCACGCGUCUCCACAAGAUACUUGCCAUAAAAAGGAUGAUGCUCCCGAAAGAUCAGAGGAAGGUGAUGUUCAUCUUGAAUAGUUGCAAGAUCUGCAUUAGAAACAUGAGAGCUUGCUAUUUCCUUCGAAAGGAGGAGGCUGUGGUUAUCUUAUCAGUCAGUCAGCUUCCCACACAUAUGGAGGAGGGCUCCUUACCACCAGGAAUACGGGAUCAUGUCUUCUACCUGGAAGGAGAUCACAUGCAUUCCAGUAUCCAGAAGGACUCCAGGCGCAAGCGCGCGUCGGCAGGUGAGGUCACGGCGCGCAUCGGGACUCCUCUGUGUCCUGUGCGGAAAAUAAAUCAGCACCGACAGCCUCCCAGAAGCGGAAUUUGUCGAUCCGGCCUGAGACGGCCUCUGAGACGCGGAAUCCGCCGAUCUGAAGGAUGAGCAGGCUUGCCACGUUGAAUUCACCGAAGAUGAGCAGCACUUAAUUGGCGCACGGAAUUCGCGGAUCUAGAGGAUGAGCUCGGCCGCGAGCAAACUUUCCUCUCCCCCAUCCUCCGCCCUCCCUAAUUUCUCAUGAUGCAGGGGAUUGGGUACCUCACUGAUCUACUUCUCGGACAAGCAGCGCGCAGUAUGCCCUUUCCGCAGCCAAAACGCCGCUGGUACCAGCGCCGGCCUGAUGGGCGUUGACUGAAUUGAGGUGCCAUAGUCGGCCGCUUGGCCAGGCUCGGCAGCCACACAGGCGCUGGACGAUGGAUGACGACUUGGCCAGCAGGCGCGCACGGUCAUCUUACGGCCGCAUCGCCUUCAGCUGGGAGGCGCGCGCCGGCAGCUGACGGGUGAUGCGUGGCCUUGUCCUGGAUAGGACCUGAAGUGCGUUGGUACUUGGUACAGUAUACUGUGCAAUUCAGACUUCAAAUGCAAUACAACAGCAGCCUCGAGAUUGAAAAGAAGUUGGCCGGCCGGAGAUAAUUGCCCGGGGCUCUGUAUCGUUCUAAUCGAUGGCAAUUACGGUUUGAGCAUUUCUCUCUUCUCCUCUCCGUUUCUUCUUCCAAUGAAUUUUGACUGCGUGUAGAUUGUAGUUAAAUAGUCUCAUCUCGCAGUUCCGUCGAUUGGUCUGAAAAUUUAAUGAUUUUGGCCAGGACAUAUAAAACCCCAUGUGCUGUGAUGACCGCAUCUCAAAACGGG